UCUCCCUUCGCUCAUAUCCUAACCCCUCCCAUGCCAAUUUAAAACCAAAAAAACGUAUGCUACACAUACCCAAAACAAAAUUUCAAAAAAUAAGUAGGAAAAUAAAUUCUCUCAUUUUUUUUAAUUUUCCCUCCUCCUUCUUUCUCUGAAUCGAUGGCAACCAUUGCCAAACAUGUAUAGGACAUCGAUUGAGGUAAGAGCUAGAAGGAAGGGAAAUAGGUAGGAAAUGGAGGUAGAGAGAAUUAAACAAUUGAUGUUUUUGUGGUCAAGAAUACAAAGUACUCGUGUUGCCCUUGUGGGUGGGAAUCACACCGCAGCCAGGUUUUGCACUCGCUAGUCAUUAUAUCAAUCCCUCCCUCUCCUCGCUUUCGCUUUCGUUCUGUCUGUAAUUUUUUUUGGUUUUUUGUUCAGUGUCAUAUUCUUAAUUUGAUCUUUUUUAAACCUUUGUAACUACAUAUUCGACUUUUCUUUGUUUUUGUUUUUCCUUAAUUACAGCUAUACUUUUCAAACUUGCUCACUUUUCAUUUCUUUUCGAGAUAUAAUAACAUGGAUUUGGUUCAUGGGUUUCGAAGCAAACAUCACAACAAAGUCAACAACACUCGUUUCCUGAAAAAUACUAUUAGGUCUCCUCAUUUUUGGAUUUUGAAAGUGAUGGCUCGAGCUCUACUUUUGGCUUUAAUUAUUGUUUCUAUAAUUUCCUGGCUCGGAUCAACCAAAUCAUCCUCGUCCAAAUCUAAAUUCAAUGACGAAGCUAAUGUUGAUUCUUCCUUUGUUGGGAUUGAUUCCAUGAAUGCGGAGUUGUUGCCAUUACUUUUCCACGAUUUGGCCAACGAAGGCCUCCUGAAAGGCGGUGCUAGAGCUCUUCUUGUUAGUGAUGGUAACAAUGAGGAAAUCAUGUACAAUUCUCAAAUUCUGAAUGACAAUGAGAUGGAUAUGAUCUCGUAUUCGGAUUCAGAUAGACAAAGCUUGGUCCCUGAUGAGACUUUCGACUUUGCUUUCGCUCAUAGCUUCCAAUCAGCUUCGGAUUUCAUUGAUAGAACUCUCAAAGUUGGUGGCAUUGCGGCUGUGCAGCUCAGUGACGACCCAUCAUUUUCAUUUCCGAAACCAACCAACUACAAGAUUGUUUAUCUCCGGCGAUUCGAUCCGACCAUUAUCGCCAUGCGAAAAACCGCCCCUACGGACACAAACAUGCCUGCACAAAGAAGGCUAUUCGGGAUUUCGUCGGAGGCGAAGAAGGAAGCUCUCAAGAACCUGGAGGACGUCCUCUUAGAGCCCCCGAGAGCCAAAUCGGGGAAAUCCAAGAGGUACCUGAAGAGAACCCGGUACCUGCCGGACCUGACCGGCGACUCCCUCGAGAGCUACCCUCGUAGGGUUUUCAUCCACGUGGGGACACCGGGGAUGGACAAUGAUGCCCGAUGGUUCGAGAAGCAUUAUCCAACAAGGAACAAGGAUUUUGAUAUAUACAAGAUCGAGACGGUGACUGCGGAGGAGCCGGCCGGGAGGGAGUCCGGCGAGGAGGUGCCGGAGAUCGGGAUGUCGGAGUGGCUGUGGGAGAAUGUGAAUGAGGAUGAGUAUGUGGUGAUGAAGGCGGAGGCUGAGGUGGUGGAGGAGAUGGUGAAGAGCAGAGCUAUAGUGUUGGUGGAUGAGCUGUUCAUGGAGUGUAAGCAUCAAGGACUGAGUAAAAAGAGUAAGAACAGCAGGAGAGCUUAUUGGGAGUGCUUGGCUUUGUAUGGGAAGUUGAGGGAUGAGGGUGUUGCCGUGCACCAAUGGUGGGGUUGAAAUAGACAAAGUUCUGGAGAGAGAGUAACUGAGUAAGAGAGAGAAGUGAUGACUACAGAAAUUAAUUGUCUCGUUUUCUAGCUGUGUUUGGGGUUUAUGUACUUGUGAAUUGUUUGUUAUUUUACUUUUGGGUUGAUCUUGUGAAGCUAAA